GCAGCCUUAACGCGAGGGGUGUGGGUGGAGCUGUAGUUUCAGACCUGCUGUACCAGCUCUCACUCAGAGUUGAUGCAGAGGAUGCCACCAGAACGGAAUCCAGCGCUUGGAGGAAGAAAGCUGAAAUGGACCUAAGUGCGCUACCAGUUUCUCCUUUCCUCGAAUACGCCACAGAAGAAUUCCAAUCAAGUUUUCAGAAAACACUGUUUAUUUGUUGUUUUUUGCACCAGCAUUUUUGCCGUCCGGGUCUCUUGCUUCAAAGACAGCUUGGACACGGAAGGAUGUUUUCCUGAGAAAACUUGCCCCUAAACUUCUCUUUAUGGCGAAAAAUGAGUGACUCCAGCUUGAGGAAUGAAAGCGACUAUGGGCCGUAUUUUGAAGCGUUCAACGCGUCCGCUCUGGAGCGCAUCUUUGCAGACCGCAACAUCACAAAAUGCGGGAACUUCACCAUGGACCCGCAGGUGGUCGGCACCGGGGUCUUCCUCGCCGUGUUCAUUCUGGUGGCCAUCGUCGGGAAUAUUUUGGUCAUCCUGUCCGUAGUGUGCAACAAGCACCUGCAGAACAUCACAAACUUCUUCAUUGUCAACUUGGCGAUGGCGGACCUGCUGCUGAGCAUCAUCGUGCUGCCCUUCUCCGCUUCCUUGGAGGUGAUGGGAUGCUGGGUGUUCGGCCGCGUUUUCUGCAACAUCUGGGCAGCCGUGGAUGUGCUGUGCUGCACCGCGUCCAUCCUCAGCCUGUGCAUCAUCUCCAUAGACCGGUACAUCGGGGUGAAGUACUGCCUGAAAUACCCGAGCAUCAUGACGGAGAGGAGGGCAGUUGCUAUCCUGGCGCUCGUGUGGGUGUCCUCCACGGUGAUCUCCGUGGGGCCGCUCCUGGGAUGGAAGGAGCCCCAGCCGGAACACGAGACCGUGUGCGGGAUCACCGAGGAGCCGGGCUACGCGCUCUUCUCCUCCCUCUUCUCCUUUUACCUGCCGCUCAUGGUCAUCCUGAUCAUGUACUUUCGGGUGUACGUGGUGGCCCGCAGGACCACCAAGAGCCUGGAAGCGGGGGUCAAACGGGAGAGGAACAAGUCCGCAGAAGUUGUGCUGCGGAUUCACUGCCGCAGCGUGCUGGAGGACGCGCGUUCCGCCAGCUCCAAGAGCAGCAAGAACCACCCGUUCAGAAGUUCCCUCUCGGUGCGCCUGAUGAAGUUCUCCCGGGAGAAAAAGGCUGCCAAAACUCUCGCCAUCGUGGUUGGGAUGUUCAUCCUCUGCUGGCUGCCUUUUUUCUUCUUUCUACCGUUGGGUUCUUUGUUCCCAGCACUGAAACCAUCUGAAUCUGUGUUUAAGUUUAUCUUUUGGCUGGGAUACUUCAACAGCUGCAUCAACCCCAUGAUCUACCCCUGCUCCAGCAAAGAGUUCCAGCGGGCUUUCACUCGGCUCCUCAGAUGCCAGUGUCACCAAAAGAGGAGGGUCCUGCGCCGCUUCUAUGACCAGAGGUGGAGAACGGCCGUGAAGGGAAUGACCAGGGAUCAGAGGGGGGACUACACCACUGGCUAUCCUAUCCACGAAUCUUGUGGAAGGUCUUUGAUACACAAGAGGAAACAUUGCUCACUAGGCUUAAAGAAAUUGAGCCUAUUUUCACCCCUGCAGAAGUCCUCCUUUCAGUUCAAAGAGAAAGUAAACGAUCUGUCCAAUAAAAUCAAAGGAGGGACAGGAAAAGGCAGCCCACCUGCCAUGGGUCAGACCGAUACAGUGGAUACAGUCUCUAUGGGGAUUUGCAAUUCCUGUGAGCAGAGCAGUUUUCAGUUCUACGAUCUAGCUGAGUGUUAUGGCCUUAAAGAGACUGACAUUUAGAGGCUCUCUAAGGAGACUUUUAGCUAUUUUCAAGGGAUCAUGCUGGGACAGCUUUUCCGCACACAAUCUGAUGGCGCAUGAUAUUAUGGUCAGAAAACGGACAGAGAAGCAAAAAUAAGAAUAAUGACAUGACACCAGCACAAACUGGACUCAACCUUUAUUUUAUUUUGAGUUGUGUUUAUAUAAACAAUGUGGCUAAAAGUCACAGUUUGGACUCCUUCGAAUUACUUUUCAUGAUUUUAACACACAUUCACACUCCUCAGCCCAUAACAUGAAUGUUAGUCUCUGUUGACGUAUUUUGAUAAAUCAUAGUCCCGACAGCCUCCUUGUGUUCAAUUAUUAGGCAACUGAUGGUGUGUAUAAAAAAAAACUGUGACAUCUGUUGACUUAAUGUUUUUCAAAAAAGGAGGAACAAAAAUCUUUCAGCUGCUUGGAAAACGUGUGCACAAAAGAGUCAAAAGUGCAGUUUCUAUUGUUGACUCUGGAGUAUAAUAUAUCGGAAUGUAUUAUAUUCCCUUCUGUUUCUGACAGGCGGUUAUAAAACCGAAGAAGAAUGUUUGCAAAGUUUUUUUUUUCUUCUGUUGCAUUCAGAGGGUAACCUGGCAUACACAUGUGCAUCAAGAUGUAAUUUGCAUUGCCAAGGGAAUGCUAAUGUGAAAUUAAUGUGCUUCUUUGUAUUUCGUAAUGUAAUGUUUUUGUCAAAUGUAAAGCAAAAUAAAAAGGGAGAAAAAUAA